CUUAUGUGUCUUCUGCGUUUUCUAUUUUUAGAUUUUUUUUUGCUUUGAAACAGUAAUAAUUUGUGUGUUCUUAUCCAUGUCGGAAUAUUGUGUCUUAGAGGCGAACAACAUCUUUCGGGUCACCAGCUUUUCAUAUGCACCGAAAAAGCCGAAAUUUGUUACACAAUUUAUGGCCCGGAAAAGUAAUUUGGCAUAUUAAAAAUGAAAAUAUGUAUUUUGUCACCGCGGCACAACAUCCGGUUUGAGCUGAGGUAGCCUAUAUCAGAAAUAGUUGACAGAAAGAAGGAAAGGGGAAAAAAAUGGUCAAAGUGCAUCGAUCAGAAAACACGCCGAGCAAACCCACUUUCCUGCUUUGUUUGCCAGCUCUAGCUGACAGGAUAUUCUGCGGAACCACUUCACUAUGUUGUGUCGCUAUAACAGUCUGGGCACUGUCCGUCAUGUGUCACUUAUUUUAAUAUUUUUGUGCCAGUUAUGGGUGACAAGUGUGGACUCUCAUCCACAGUGCUUGGAUUUUAAGCCGCCGUUCCGGCCGCAGGAAGAGCUGACCUUCUGCCUUAUGUACAAAGACUUCGGCUGCUGCGACACUGAGAAGGACCAGGAGCUGAUGACGAAAUUUUAUCGCAUUAUGGAUAAUUUCGAUAAUUAUGGAUACGCGACCUGUGCCUCCUACGUGCAAGACCUUAUCUGCCAGGAAUGCUCCCCCUAUGCCGCUCACCUUUACGAUGCUGAGGACCCCAGCACUCCAGUGAGGACCCUGCCAGGGCUAUGCAGGGACUACUGUGCCAAUUUCUGGACAAGGUGCGGGGCAACCAUCCCUUUCCUAUCCAGUGACUCGCGCUUGGCGGCGGCAGAACGGGAUCAGGUUCGCUUCUGUGAGCUCCUGGGCAUUCCGGACCCCGACUACUGCUUCCCCGACAUUGCCGUCAACAAUGGGAUGACACGGGACCUUGGCCGACUCUCCACGGGCACUGGAGGCUGCCUGCAGGUCUGCCUGGAGGAGGUGGCCAAUGGUCUGCGGAACCCACUGGCGAUGGUGCACGCCAACGACGGCACCCAUCGGUUCUUUGUGGCUGAGCAGGUGGGUGUUGUGUGGGCCUACCUGUCUGACCGCUCCCGACUGGAAAAACCCUUCCUGAACAUCAGCCAGGUGGUGCUGACGUCCCCCUGGGAGGGAGACGAGCGGGGCUUCUUGGGCCUGGUGUUUCACCCCCAGUUCAAAUACAACGGAAAGCUGUACGUUUAUUAUUCCGUGGAGGUGGGCCUGGAUGAACGGAUCAGGAUCAGCGAGUUCCGCAUUUCAGCCUCUGACAUGAACGUGGUCGACCACAGUUCUGAAAGGAUCAUUUUAGAAAUCGAGGAACCGGCAUCCAACCAUAAUGGAGGUCAGCUCUUGUUUGCAGAUGAUGGGAUGAUGUACAUCUUCACAGGUGAUGGAGGCAUGGCAGGAGAUCCAUUUGGGGAAUAUGGAAAUGCUCAGAACAAAUCUGCCCUGCUGGGGAAGGUUCUCCGUAUUGAUGUGAAUUAUAAUGACAAGGGCCCCCUGUACCGGAUUCCGCCGGACAACCCCUUUGUGCGGGAGCCUGGGGCUCGCCCAGAGGUGUACGCAUACGGGGUGAGGAACAUGUGGAGGUGCUCGGUGGACCGGGGAGACCCCCUCACCAAGGAGGGCAAAGGGAGGAUCAUCUGUGGCGAUGUGGGACAGAACAAAUACGAAGAGGUCGACGUCAUCGAGAAGGGGAGCAAUUAUGGGUGGAGAGCCAGAGAAGGAUUCUCCUGCUACGACAAACACCUGUGUGCUAACAGCUCUUUGAAUGAUGUUCUGCCAAUAUACGCCUAUCCACACAAAGUGGGAAAGUCAGUCACUGGUGGUUACGUGUACCGUGGCUGUGAAAAUCCAAAUUUAAAUGGGAUAUACAUUUUCGGAGACUUCAUGAGUGGACGCCUGAUGUCAUUGCAGGAGAACCAGUACACUGGGCAGUGGGACUACCGUGAGAUCUGCACGGGACCGGGACCGCGCUGCCUCUUUCCGGGCCUAAUUAACAACUACCAUCCGUACAUCAUUUCCUUUGGCGAAGAUGAAGCCGGAGAGCUAUAUUUCAUGUCAACAGGAGUUCCAAGCGCAACGUCUUAUUCUGGUGUUGUGUACAAAAUUGUUGACCCAUCAAGGCGUGCCCCUCCGAGGCAAUGUCACUACGAGCCGCUACCAGUCAAAACUAAAGGCAAGCUGAUCCCGCUAAAGCCAAAAGAGACAUUGACAGGGCUUGAAUUAUCAGCCAAGCACCAAAAACACAGUAAGGCAGAAGAGCCAAGCCCUCCUGUGGCAGAGCCAGAAUCCCUGACACAAGACUCAGCAAAAGACUGGUUGCAGGAACUAUUAGACAUGCUCAGAGCACAGGAAGCUAGCUGGGUGAGGAAGACUACGGCACCCAUUACUACUAAGGCACUCAUGGCCGGCAAAGAUGACCAAGGUAGACCUAAGGACGGAGCUGUGCGACUGGCAGGAGGAAGAAAAGACCGUGGACGGGUGGAGGUCUUCCUCGACGGGGAAUGGGGCACAGUGUGUGACGAUGCGUGGGACCUCCAAGCUGCUGAGGUGGUCUGCCGUCAGCUAGGCUUGGGGCGUGCCCUGAAGUCCUCCAAGCAGGCUGAAUUUGGGGAGGGGAAACACCUGCCCAUCCUCCUAGACAAAGUCCGCUGCACAGGAAUGGAGAAAAGUCUCCGGGAUUGCCAGCAUUCCGGUGUGGGAGAGCACAACUGCGGACAUCACAAAGAUGCGGGUGUCAUAUGCGAGAAUGCGGAGCUUGCAAGUUAAAGUGAAAUGCUGCUACCUUAGUGCAAGGUUCACUAUGAACCACAAAAUGAAGCAUGGAUGAACAACAUCUUGUGUAUUAGUUGGUAAUUUUAUACUGGCGUAUCAAGUAAUUUUUCAAUAUUUUUGAAGUGGAUGUGAAGAUAAUAACUUUGAUUCUUACCAUAACUUAUUUUUCAGUUUAUUGCACAGAACUGUGUAAUACAAACUAAUAUUAUAACAGUCGUUUAAAAGGUGCCCUAGUUAUUAAAAUUGUAGCUUUGAUGUAGUUAUUAGAAAGCCAAAAUCAAUUGGGUGUAAAUAAAUAAAUGACUACGUAAUUUAAA